AUGAGCAGCCUACGAACUCGGACGGACAACAUGCGCGCAGAGAUCCAGGUGCUUCUUAAACACAAUCGCACGGAUAUUCGACGCAUGCGCUGCAAGGCUGCUGAAUGCUCGCACAACACCCGAACCUCUGAGACACAGACCUUUGCCGUCUUCGUGACCGACCAUCAGUACGACGGUAAUAAUGGCUACCCUUACGGGACCUGUUCGGCCUACACGUGCGACCCGCCCACCUUGGACCAAAUGGAGGACAACGACGGCUGCUGGAUGUUCUUCUGGAGGUAA